AUGCAGGUCCGAACAUUGCCUGCCCCUGUAGCACAGGUAACACUUGCCAUACAAGCAACGAUGGUGCUGCACACUGUCCAUAUUAUCCUUAUGGCGGUGGCACUGGGUUUCAGCCAUACUGGAAUCAAAUCUAUCCACCCGGCUCCUAUCCUGGGCCAGAAAAUCCUUUUUACCAUUAUCCACCCGGCUAUCGGAAUCCUCUCCAACCUGGGUACCCUUCCUACCCACCAUCAGGGCCUGGAAAUGGAUUUGGCCCUUCUGGCCCUUCUGGCUUAA